CAGCACUUGGUCCGACACUGUGAACAUGUAGCUAUGCAGUGUGCGGUGUAUGUUUAUAAGUCAUUUAGCUCUGCUCAGGGGAUAUGAUCUAGUGCCAACUACCGGUGAAUUGAUGUAUGAGUGAUAAACUUUUGUUUCGUUGGCUAUAGCUGUGCUGGAUUCAUUGUUCUCUUGUCAUUCUGUAAUGCACUGUUCAAAUUGGAGCUGAUUAGAAAUCAGCUGGUGUAGUUAAGAGUACAGAACUGACAGUAAUGUACAUGUAUUUCCUAAACUCAACUGUUGUGGUAGAGAACUGACAGUUAUGCACAUGUACUCUUGAAUUCAACUGUUGUAGUAGAGAACUGAUAGUUAUGUACAUGUAUUUUCUAAAUUUAACUGUUGUGUUAGAGAACUGACAGUUACGUACAUGCAUUUCUGAAACAUAACUGUUGUGGUAGAGAACUGACGGUUAUGUACAUGUAUUCCUAAUGUACAUGUUAGGCAUGUCUUUCCGGAAAAGAUGUUCUAACGUCUGACAUAUCUUCCUGCUACGUCUGCUCCAGCGGCAUAUCAACAGCAAAUACAGGAUUCCAGUUUGCACGGUUGGAUUUAUGGUAAAGCUGCGAACAUCUUGGAUAGUUUAGCCACUGAUAGCUGGCCACUAUCAUUCUCUUGGGCCGUGGAGUUGACUUUUACGUGGAAGUUAUCAGCACUUGUCCUGCAUUGCUGAGAUAACUUGGGUGCUGCACUCCGUGGAUCAAGUGCAUGGCAGCAUUUCCUCCAUCUCUGAGGGGUCCUGGUAUUAGUCUGAUGACUAUUUGCGAGGACCCCCUAAUGCAGGAUGCUGCCCCUCCAGAGCGCAUGUACAACAGUCCGACUAGCCCACUGCAUGGUGAAAAACCAACGGGAUCUUGGCAAAGGAUUGCACGAUGGAGCCGCCUAUGGCGAUUUAUACAUGAAGGUGAAUGCGGCACAUGUACAGAGAUUGUGCUCGACCCUGACCUUGAUCCUAGCUCUGAUCUUGACCCGAGGGUCAAGAAAUUUCUAAUGGACAGGUCAAUUCUGAAAGUCCAUCUCCCAAACGGGGGGUUCAAUAUGGUGAAAUACGGCGACGCCACUGAUGUCAAGGACAUUAUUAAGCUGGUGGUGGGCCGUCUAGCAGCAGGUGACAGGUUAUUUGCAAAAUGUUUUGCUUUAAAGCUGGUUCACACCAAGUCCAACGAGAGCUACUGGCUUCACAACGAUCUCACAAUGUACCAGGUUCGCCAGAAGUACGAGUCCAAGCAUCCCGAAGAGGAGUGGAGGUAUGAACUGAGGGUGCGGUAUCUACCAAAAAACUUCCAGGAACUUUAUUCAAAAGACAAGGUCACAUUUUACUACCUCUAUGACCAGGUCAGAAACGACUACAUGCGUGAUAUUGCUGAACACAUUGACCACGAUAUUGCUGUCAGGUUGGGCUGUAUAGAAAUGAGACGUUUUUUCAAAGAUAUGCCUCAGGUCGCUUUAGAUAAGAAAUCCAACUUCGAGUACUUAGAAAAAGAAGUUGGAUUGAAACGGUUCCUUCCAAAAUCUGUGAUAGAGGGUAUGAAGCCAAAGUCUUUACGAAAACUCAUCCAACAACAUUUUAGAAACUAUGCUCAGCUGACAGAAUCCGAGUGUGUGUACAAAUUUUUCGAAACACUUUUUACUGUCCGCAAGUUUAAUCAUGAGAGGUUCAAAUGUGCUUUAGGGUCUAGUUGGAGUAUAUAUGUUGAAAUUGUGAUAGGACCUGAUGUGGGUAUCAGUUACCUAACUGAAAAAGCAUCAUUGCCUACUCACAUGGCCGAUUUUGUGCAAGUCCAGUCAAUUCAGACAGUUUCGAGUCAGGAUGGUAAAGGAAUACUGCAGCUGAAAAUCGCAGGAUCAUCAGAACCACUAAUGAUCACGUGUUCCUCUCUUGACAUGGCGGAGGACAUGGCCGAUUUGAUAGAUGGCUACUGUCGUUUAGUACACGACGUCAGUGAUUCUCUCUGGAGCAGAAAAGCCAUUCUUAGCUGGAAUUCCUAUGACUCAGAUGAUGAUGACACAGAAAGUAGUGAAGGGGAAACUAUUCCUAGGAUACCAAAAUCAAGUGUCCAGCACCAGGGAAAUGUCCGGCACGAAGAACCGCUGAGUCCAAACGAACGUAUAUCGGACUACGCGGAAAUAGUGGAGGAAGAUGCUGACUAUUCUACUCCAGAUGGUAAACCCAUUGCCAGAGGUAGCAAGCGAAAGAAAUCUCGUGAUUACGAGAUCGCACGAGAUGCCAUCAACCUGCUGGAGAUACUUGGUGAAGGCCAGUUCGGUGAUGUCUAUAAGGGCAUAUACUGUGAUAAGGAAAAAUCCCAGGUUCCCGUGGCAGUUAAAACAUGUAAAGAAGACAGUGAAGAAGCGAUGACAGAGAAGUUUCUUGAAGAAGCCUACAUCAUGCAGCAGUUUAAUCAUCCCCACAUAGUCAAGCUGAUUGGGAUCUGUUCAGAGUCACGACCGGUCUGGAUUGUCAUGGAGUUGGCUAAACAUGGGGAGAUGCGUGCUUACCUCCAGAAUAACAAACACCGACUGGACCUGGUGACACUGAUAAUGUAUGCCUACCAGCUCAGUACUGCUUUGUCUUACCUGGAGAGCAAGAAGUUCGUUCACAGAGAUAUUGCUGCCAGGAAUGUUCUUGUUUCAUCUCAUGAUGUGGUCAAACUUGGCGAUUUUGGCUUGUCAAGAUGGGUAGAAGAACAGAGUUACUAUAAAGCUUCCAAAGGAAAACUUCCAAUAAAGUGGAUGGCACCGGAAUCGAUCAACUUCCGAAGGUUCACCACGGCCAGUGAUGUGUGGAUGUUUGGUGUGUGUAUAUGGGAAAUACUGAUGUACGGAGUUAAGCCAUUCCAAGGAGUAAAGAACAAUGAUGUCAUAGGGAAGAUUGAGGCUGGUGAGAGGUUACCGCUACCACCGGGCUGUCCACCAUCCCUCUACAACCUGAUGUGUGUGUGCUGGCAGUACGAACCCUCCAAGAGACCCUCGUUUGCAGAUCUCAAGACAUGGUUGUAUGAGAUUUUGGAUGAAGAAAGAUACAGACAAGAAGAAGAAAUGCAUAGAGAUAACCGAAGAGUUGCAAUAUCAUGGGGAUCUAAUGGCUCCGACGAUGAACCAGCGCCUCCGAAACCUGCACGGCCACAGUUCCCCUCCAUGUCACCGACCGGCUCCACGCCGAACCUGAGCAUCAAUGCCAGCAUUUCGUCACUUCCUCAACACUGGAACUCCACAGCCAAUUUGCCCAUGGGUCACAGCACGCCUGCUGCGGGUCCGUCUCCAGACACAGGUGCUAUAAAACAUGCCAGAAGUCCGCCAGUCAAUGCAUUUCAAGGGUAUUUCCCGUCAUCGGCAGGUUACAAGCAGCUUCUUGUUCAGGUUACUGCCCCUGGAAACAGCAACUUCACCACCGGCUAUGCUGCUGUGACACACACCGAGAUGUUCAACCGAUACGCACUGCAGCCAAACCACGGACCGAGCCCGCACGAAGCGGCUGCGACGGGCCAGUACCAGGCACCCACGUCACGUGACUCUCCCGUGCUCAGCAGUAUUACACCGCCAACAGUUCCCAGAAGUCAGGCUCUGGAUGAGGGUGAGCUCCACUACCGACUGCGUAUGCAGCAGAGAGAGUCAGAAGAAGACGCCAAGUGGCUUCGAGCCGAGAAUCUCCGAAGAGAAAAGUUUGCUCUUCACACGGUACAGCCCGAAGAUGACAGUGACAGCACCAAAGAAAAUUCUCCUCCACCUCCACAGCCCAUUGUCCAGCCUCGAGCUCCUUUCCGCACAGCCAGCCACGGCUCAAGUGGAAGUCGAAGCAGCAGUACAAGUGACUCAAUGGAUACUGGAGUCCCAACUACACCAAAGCCAGCCAUGACGCUUGACAGAACCAAUGACCGAGUGUAUGACACGACAACCAACGUAGUGCGAUCUGUGAUGUCCAUGACAAAAGAAGCCCCCAGUGUUAGAGCUGAGGAGUAUGUAGACUUGGUUAAGAAAACUGGUAUAGAAUUACGAGGUUUGCUAGCCAGUGUGGAUGACACAUUGCCAAAACUUCCUCCAGAGAGUCAUAGAGAGAUCUCCAUGGCUCAAAAAGUGUUGAGUACAGACAUGGCUUCCCUGAUCAGUGCAAUGAAGCUGGCUCAGCAGUACAGCACCACGACCAUGGACACGGAAUACCGCAAGGGCAUGUUGAAGGCUGCUCACAUUCUGGCCGUGGACUCGAAAAACCUGUUGGACAUUGUCGACAAUGCAAGGGCGAGGCAUUCAGGACGCAUCGAGGCAGUCAGCUGAUGCGAAGAUCACAGUGUCUAUUCCUACAGUGUGGGUUAUUAUCUCCCUUGAACAAAAACAUGGCAGCAUUACUGUGUUGUUGCUUGGUUGAAAUCUUUUUUUUUUUUUUUUUUUUUUUUUUUGUGGAAGGUGCAAUCAUGAAGCGAAAUGGCAGAGAGAGAGAGACCAUUAAGAAAGAUGAGAAGACAGUGUAUGAUUACAAUAGCUCUUAUAAUUAUACAAUUGUGAUAUAAGUAGAGAAUUAGUCACAAUUAUACUAACAGUAAUUCUUGGUUGAGGAAUGCAUUACAAGUGCUGCUGGCAUUGGUGUACAGGAUGGACAAGGCUUAAUAAUGACUGUCGGAUGUAGCUUUUGGUUUAUAUAUCAGAUUGAGUAAUAUAUCACUUAUAAUGAAAGGGAGUGGAGCGAGAAACGGAUACCGAUGGCUGUCUUAAGCGUUAUAGCAUCAACCUAUGCUUCAAGCUGUACAAUAUGCCAGAAUCUCAAUGUUGAAGUUGUGUUGUUGAACAGCUUGGAGAUGUAAAGUUCUUGUGGGGGCAUGCACUACAAAACACCCUCGGAGGGAUACUGUGGUCAAAGGUUAAGGUCACAAAGAAAAGGAAAGGAAAUCAACCAUUUUGGAUUAAUUACUUACUUAAUGAAAAAACUGAGGAAUUUAUGAAUGUGAGAUAAGUAUGAAAAUGUUUGUACCUUGACUGUAAUAAUACUUUUAGUUACUUCAAUAGAAGAGUCCAAACUAGGGCCUGUGCUUAUAAAAACUUUUAAAAUGGUCAGACUUGAUGUUUGAACUGUUUGUGUGUGAGUGAGUGAAUAACAGGGACAGAGAGACUGAGAUGGAGACGGAGACAGAGGGAGACCAAAAGAGAGACUAAGAGAGCCAGCCUUCAGGCUGAACAUGAGAGUUUUAUAAGCAUGGUCCUGGUCACAGACAUGAAUCUCUUGCGGCAUUAAAACUGAAUAAAAGGACUUUUUAGAAAGUCCAAAAUUUGUUUUUAAAAUAUUGAAUUGAAGACCUUUUGGCACCAUCAGGAAUGUGAUUUUUUCUCUCCUUUUUUUCUUUUUACCUGAUUUGAGCCCCUUUUUUUUAUAUCGGAUGGUUUUCGCAAAGAAGUUAAUUUGAAAUCCUGAAAAAAACCACCUUUAUUUCAAUAUAGUAUUGUAUUUUCAGCUUUUAAAGAUAAUUUUUACUUUUACUUUUUUUUUAAAUGGGUUACUCAUCCCUGUAUCAUGUAAAGUCUUUGGAUAAUGACAAUGACUACUGCAUGUAAUUAACUUAUUUUGUUAAUUUUAUGGAUUUUACAAGUUGGCAUUAAUGUUAAUAGGAAAAUAGUUUAUUAUGAAAUGAACAGUUUUGCCAUUAAGUAGCUGUUUGUCGCAUUCAGUAGAAAAAUCUGUUAAUCCCUGAUGUGUAAUGUGUAUCUGAUAGGUAUGUUCACUGUUUGUACCAAAAGUUUCCAGUGGACGAAAUAACUUUUGACUACUUAGCAUACCAUACUAGAUAUUUUUUAAAAAGAUCAUGACCGUCAUAUCGUAAAUUGAGUUUUCUGAGUGUUGCUUGGGACCAUAUCUCGGAAUGUUAAUAAUUUGAACAUACUAGAUUAAAGUUGCCCAUUAGUAAUUUUAUAUGUGACUAUAUUUGUUAACAAUUUAUUCCACUUAUUAUUAGCUUGUGUUUUUCGAGGAAUAAAUACUUGUUGGAGUUAGUAUUAUAUUUAUCUGUUAUUUUUAAGAUCAUGUUUUGAUGUUGAGCUUAAUAAGCUUGUAAUUUAAUUGGAUAUUUUUCUAUACUUUAUUCUGAUAUGAUCAAUAAAUGCAUCUGCGUUCUGACAAAAUACUCUUAUACACCAUACACUUAGUAGCUCAUGUUGACAUAAUGUAGGAGACUUUAUAUACUGCUCAAUUCACUAACACUCAGUUUGAAGCUGUGUAUACUAUAACUGUUAAUAGUCCAUUCAGCUUUGAAGGAUAUGCCUUUAAAAUAACUGACUGCGAAGCAUUAUUCAAAACAUGUCACAAUGUUAGUAGAGUGUGUGAAUUCAUGUGUGAGAAAGCCCUUGUUUCUGUAUGUACCCCCCCCCGCCCCUUUAUUAUCUCCCCUUGCCUUCAAAACUUCUAUGUAAAGUUAAAUUUAUAGAGUGAGUUUACAAACUAAUUUCAUGUUCUGUCAGUACAAUAAAACAGUUGAUUUCCACAGUAUAAGUUUAACCUAUAAAAUAUUUUACUUCAAAUCAUGCUACAUGUUCCUUUUUGUGUUUAAUAAAUUCUUCAGUGAACACGUUUUGUCCAGGUGAAAUAAAAGUUGUAUUUUCUUUUAAACAUUUCGAUCUCCUAUGAAAUUUCUGAAGUAGCUUUUAGGAAGGGCUUUUCUAUUAUUAAAAGGGGGUGGAAAGGCGUGAUAAGUUUUCUCUUAAAAUUUAUGAAGUUUCAAGUACAUUUAUACUUCACUAAAUUACCAAAGUAUGGAUGUAUAUUUGUUAAGUUUGAUGAUUGAAAGAAACAAUAAAACAAUUAAAUAAAUGGCAAGUUGGAAGUUAAUGUAUCAUGUUGGAUGUUCAUGCAAGACAUAAAUUAAUAUGGAAACCGAAGUGUGGAAAAAACUCAACAUGACGGAUAAAAUAAGUAUAAUAAAUCUCUGUGAAUAUUUCCAUCACCACUACAAACCAAACACUCAGGAAUAUAUUCAGCCAUUUCUCGAUUCCAUGUCAAACUGAGUUUGUAGUUGUAACCUUUGUACAGUCUGUAUGGUCAUUACUUGUAUCUAGACAUUAUCUUCUGUUGUUAAUAUAUUGUUUUGUUUUGUAUAUUUUGUUGGUAUUUGUUUUAUGCUGUGACAUUUUAAUUAGUAAACACUAUUUAGAAUAUGGUACAUAGAUGAAGUUCAUAGGGCAUAAGGCCAGUUUAUUUAUUUGAGUCUUUUGUUACAUAAUUAUAAAAUGAAAAUGUGCAUAGAGAAGAAGUAGUGUGUGUCUGACCAGUGCUGUCAAUUAUAAAAUAUUUGUUGGGUCCAUAAUGAUGGAUGUAUAUUAUAGGACAAGUAAACACUUCCUGCAUCAAUAGGGAUUUAAGCUUUCACUUGCCAAAUUGCCAAAAAGUUGAAUAUAUUUCAUUAUUAAAUCGCCAGAAAGCUAAUUCAAAAAUUGUCUGUUGUUUAAAGAUCUACAGCCAUUUUUGCUGUUUGGCUAAAUGAAACUUGAAUUUGGUGACAGAUUUUCUUAACAAAUUUGCCAAAUUACUAAUAUUUUAUGGGUUUUAGCCUAAACCCUGCGUCAAUAUUUGAAAUACACUUUUUGGCAGUGACAACAACGUCAACUUUUUGCAUUAAAAAUUUGCAUUUAGAUCUGUUUCUCACAAACUGUAAAUCCUAGGUCAGUGAAACUUGGUUUAUAGUUGCACCUAAGGACGUUCAUCACAGUGCACUGAAGACAUUUAUGGUAGGCGAGACAUUUAAUUCCCUAUAAUGCUUGCUUGGAAUUAUCAUUCCCAUAUUGAACCAAAUGUAAUAUCCUGAACCUCUUUGGCAUGAGUAAUCUUAAAAUGUAGCUAAACCCAAAUUGGUAAUCGGAUACACAACAUAAUUACAUUAAGAUUUAUAGAGAAAAAUCUGCUCAUUCAUGGUUCUUGAUGGUAUUAAAUAUACGAUAAUACUAAAUAUUUUACUUUAGUGUCAUAAAUGUUGGCAUUGGCUGUACUACGUUUGCUUGUAUUGCAAAUAAUUUAUUGUUUACAGUAUCUGGAUUUGUAACUCAAAUUAUUCUUCUCUUUUAGCAUUCUGUAUUGACGGUGCAUGUAUACAAAUGUAAUGCUUUUAGCAGCUUAAGAUACACUAAUAGGAAAGUCGGGGCUGGGUUCACUAAUUAAUAGGAAAGUCGGGGCUCGGUUCAUUAUAUAGAUUUUAUCACCAGCACCUGUUAACAAUUUAACUGGUUCCCAUCUUGUUUAUUUCUUUAGCGUUAACCACAAAAACCAUGCUAGCAAGAAUUUCAUAACACACGGAGCUCUUGGCUCAGUUGAAUAGGGCAAAUCCAUUAAAUAUUCCUAUUGGGCUGUGCAUUUUUUUAAUAUGUGACUAAAUUUAAUAUCUGUAACCUUUCAAGAAACACUGUGUCCAAAAAACAAACAUGAUUUAGUAAGUAUAAAAUUGAAAAGUUUAUGUUUAUCAAAGUAGGGUAGUAUUAUCCCAACUAGCAUUUCACCGCUUUAUGGUCGUGAAUGAAUCAGAUGAUAAUGUUCUAGUAUGUUUGCUACAGUGUAAUAUUGAGGAUAUUUAUGGACAUUUGGAUAUAUUGUCAGUGUGCUCUUCGGAAUUUUGAUCAUUCCUACAAAAAAGUGCAAACCUUUUUAAUAGAAUAACUUGGAUACCAUGAGAAAAAUAGUAUAUCAAUAAUAUAUGGAUAUUCUGGAUUGUCGAUACAUUAUCAGAUGUAUUUCACCAGGUAAUGGUAUUCACUUGAUUAAUAAUUAAUCUUAUUUGUCUAUAUCGGAAAGGGCAAAUAAAAAAAAUGUACUGCAAUGAGAUCAAACAUACAGAGUAAUUUGGAUGAUAAAAACUAAAAGCAGCUGCAUUACUUGUUUAUGGCAUAACUAUGAACUGUAGUGUAUGACAGUAUGUAUGAUAAUACAGGAACUAUCUUUUAUCAACUACAGUUGAAUCCCGUUGGCUUGAACCCUGUCGAUGCUCGAGAAAGUGUUCAGCCCAUCGGGUAGUUCAACCUAUCCAUUCGGUUAACAUCGUGUAAGUGUAACUCGGGACUUCGGGUUUGGUUUGAGUGUUGUGGUGUAUUUGACCCAUCCGAGGUUGACCCAACGAGAUUCUACUGUAUGUAUUUUAUACAAAUAUGCCCAAACAUACUGGAGUAAAAUCAGUUGGUGUGAGCUGCUGUGAGAUAUAUAUAUAUAUAUAUCAAGUACAUGUUUUUUGUCAAAGGGAAUCCUGAAUGUAUUUAUCAAUAUAAUGCCUUCUUAUUCAGCACUUUAGCAGAUUAAUCCUCUAUUUUAAUGACUACACACACACACAGGAUAGUCUGUUUAAAUUGCAUAAAAGGUAUUUUUAAUAAUACUUUUUAUAUAUGAAUGCCAGGUAUAAUAAUAGACACUAUAUUUAUGAAAAUCCCCAAAUGGGAAAGUUAAAACACUCUUAUCACUUCUGUCACAAUUGAUGCCCAGUAUCUAGCAGGAUGAAUCCAUCAGGGGAUAGCAAUGUUCUGUUAUCUUUACUCAGAAAUAGCCGUUUAAUAUAAUGAUUAUAUUUAGUAAUUACAUCAAAAUGCUAUUCCUGAGUAAAUAUGAUUAUUGUGUAGAUAACAGAAUUGAAAUAUCCCGAUGAAGUGAUUAUAAUAAACAGCUAUUGCUGAGUGAAGAUGGAUAUUACGUAGACAACAGAGAACUGCAAUCCCCUGAUGAAGGCUGUCUGAUGCUGCUGAAAUGUCUGGUGUACAAUGUGAUGAAAACAAUAAAGUGUAUAAUACAAUGUAAUACCGUAACUAGCUUUUAUGAACUGUAUACCGUACUUCAUAGAUAGUCCACAUCUGGUGGACAGUGGGUUUAAACAAUGUUAUUAACCACCAACAGGCAUAAACCUAUAUUAAGGUUGUAUUAAGUCCUCUCCCAACAUUUUACAUAGAUCUACAAAUGUAUUGUAUUAAGCCAAGAUGUCAACAACAACAACAACAAAAUUGCCAACACUUGAUCUGUUGGUGGUCAAAGAAGUCAGUGGAUCUAAGAUAUUUUAAGCCACUGAUUCAGGAAACUCCAAAACCCCAAUUUAAUAAAUAUAUUAUCACUCUGUACCAGAAUAGUGCAUUCUUAUUAAUAUAUAUAUAUACAUAUAUACACACACACACACACCUGGAAAUUAGUAGUUGUGAUCAUUUUGUUGAUACAAAAUUCUAAAAUGAAUGUUCUGUGUAUACAGACUAUGUUAAAAACAGACGAACAACUGGUAACAUUGUCAUUACAUCGAUAGUUAAUGUAUUCUAGGGAGAAGUACAGAAACCGUACAAACAUGCCUGAAUAUGUAUGGUAAUUAACUAUGGAGCUGCAAUCACACUGAUGUCUAUCAUUUAUUCAUGCCAGCUCGGUAAGUACACAGUAGACCGAGAAUAUGUAAACACAAUUCAGUAUAAGAUAUAAACCAUGUUGGCAUGGACUACUACCUGUACUUCACGACACGGUCUUGGCUGCAGUUCAGUUCAGGUGGUGUUUAAUUAAUUUCCAGGUGUAUAGUUUGUCCUAAUGCUUACCUUUACUCUUACUAUGUGAUCAUGUAACAAAACACAAGCCGUAUGUUUGUGGCGUUCACAUAUUGCUUAUGGUUGUGACAAAACAAAUUGGUUCUAUUUUAGUGGAAAUAUUUACAUGUAUUUGUGAUACAAAUAGCUUAACAAAAAGAGAGAACAUUAGGUUACUAUGUUUGUUUUAAAACAGAAUAAAUAUCUUCCUGAUAAUUUGUUUCUAUUGUAACCAUUGUUCUAUAGCUAGCAUCAAAAAAUUGCACUGAAAUGCUUGAAGUAAUAUUUGAAAGCUUUCGAAACGUGUGUCAACAGCAGUUCACCAUUGUAUAUCAUAUUUUCCUAUCAUCUUUACAUGCUCGUUUUCAUAUUUUGUACAUAUGCAAAAGCUAAUAAAGUACGAAUUAUGUAAA